AUGAAGGCUGUCGAGAUACUCGGCAUGGAGCAAGCGAGAAGUUGGAAAGUGGCCACGCUCAAUGAGCUUCGAGAGUUCUUCCAACUUAAACCGCAUGAGACUUGGAUCGAGAUCAACUCAGAUCCAGAUGUUGCGGCAACAUUGGAGAAACUUUAUGACAAAGUCGAAUUAGUGGAACUCUACCCCGGAAUUGUCGCCGAACAAGCGACACUUCCAGAUACAAUAGGUCAAGGAUUGUGCCCUGGCUCCACUGUGUCGAAGGCAAUUCUCUUGAAUACCGUGGCUUUGAUUCGGGGUGAUCGAUACUACACUAUGGAUUAUACUCCCGGGUCUCUGACCCACUGGGGCUACAAACAAGCCUCUGCUGACCCUCAAGUUGCUGGCGGAGGCGUGAUCUACAAGCUGCUAAUGAGGGCAUAUCCUGGCUUUUACGUCGACAACUCAGUCUAUGCGAUGUUCCCUUUCACCAUUCCAAGCGAGACUCGCAAAAUACUUCAGACCUUAGGAAAAGAUGACGAUUAUGACUUCAGUCCGCCAUCUUCCGUCGACCCUCCUAUCCCCAUUGCGUCAUGGACCGGAGUCACGAGCGUGCUCGAUGAUCAGGCAAAGUUCAAAGUCCCAUGGGGUCCUCGCAUCCGAUGUUUGACCGGUCACGACUAUAUGCUGAGUGAUGACUCUGGAGCCAGUGCAAGACAAAAAUGGUUUGUGCACAAUGCCUUUUACAAACCUCCUGACGGUUUGGAAGAGAUCCGGCAGUUCUACGAGACUCUGACCAUGCAACUGGUACGCCAGAAUAGCGCUAAGCUUGGGAAGAUCUACCAGCUUGAUGCCGUUCGACUCGUCGGGAACGCUUCGCACGCAAAUUUUAUUGCUUACAUGUUCAAGAUACCCAUGCUUGACUCGAGCUACGGAAAAGGCACCUACAUCGACCAGGAUUUUUACAAACACUUGGCCUUCGUUUUUGCUUAUAUAUUCGUGGACCUCGAUCCUCCGAGUUCAUUUACGCUCAAAGUUGCGGCUGUAGAUGCCGCGAAAGAACUAGGCCGUGUCGUUCGAUCGGUCUGUGAAAAAGCGUUACCAAGAAAGGUUUCCCUCGAUGAGACUGUGGAGGGUCUUGAUUCCUUGGAGUACAACAUCGGAAAAGGCCCCGCAGCGAGUUUCCUGAUCCAUUAUGGUGUCCGUCUCCUCGACAGACUUGAAGCCGGUGGGAAGAGUGUAGACGAGGUCACCUGGACUAUUAUCCCUACGGCUGCCGCAGCUGUCGCCACUCAAGCUCAGGGUUUUGCCCAGAUGCUGGACCUCUAUCUCUCUGACCCCUACAAAAGUCACUGGCCAGCCAUCCAAAAGCUCGCGGCAUCCGACAGCUCCGAGGCAUUCCAACAGCUCAAACGAUACGCUCUUGAAGGCUACCGUCUGAAUACACCGGCCUUCGGUCUCACACGUAUUGCAGACGUUGACACCACGAUUGAAGAUGGCAACCGCUCUGUCCGGGUAAAGAAGGGCGACCGAAUCUUCGUCAACCUCGCGACAGCCAGCCUCGACCCGACGGUGUUUCCUAAUCCGCAGGUAAUCGACCUCACCCGGCCGUUGGACAAGUACAUCCACCAUGGAUGGGGCCCACAUGGCUGUAUCGGUCGGCCGAUCGUUGAGACAGCCAUGGCAGCCCAGCUUCGCGUCUUCGCCCAGCUGAAGAAUCUGCGCCGCGCACCCGGAGGGGAGCUGAAGAGUAAGACUGUCAACGGACCGUUUAAGGUGUUUAUGACGAAGGACUGGAGCGAUUGGUGGCCUUUCCCCACUAGUAAGUUCAGUUUUCGCAAAGUCAAGACCGGGAUGCUAACUUUGACUGCAGCGAUGGAUGUUCAAUGGGAUGGAUUUGAGUCAUGGUCUCCAUUGGCCGAAGGCAGUGUUCUCCUGACCAAAUAUCCUUGUAGAGGUGAUGAGAUGGAGUAG